AUGAAAGCAGCAGCUAUCUUUCUACUGGUUGCUCUAAGCUGUUGCUUUGACAUCCCUGCUGCCUCCAAAGGAAAACAUACAUACCCUGCUCCCGAACUCAUUUCACGUGACUGCAUAAAAGAGUUAUUGAAGUCUUCUCUUCCUGACACUCUUUUGAGACUCCAGGAAAUGCUGUGCUGUUUUUCGCAAGCUAAGAAAACGAACAAUGCAGAAUUAUAUCGGAAGUUCCUCCUUCAAUUCCAUCAACUUUUGAUAGAUACUGGAUGUACUGGAGAUCAAGUUCUGAAAAUAGAAGACUGCUUGGAAAAAGUUGGUGACCAACUUGGAGAUGCGUGUCAUAAAAUUGUUCUGCAAAUUCUAACUUGUGUGGAGGAGCUUGAGAUAACUGAAAAGGUGCUUAAUACCUUAUGCAAACUGGCGGGUAAAGUUCUCUUAAAGCUGAGUGAAGCACUUAAAGGGCUGGAUCUGCCAGACUUAACAAAUCAACUUGGUAUUGGGGGCAAAGGCAAAGGCAAAGGCAAAGGUGGACUUCUUGGCAUCCUCAAUUAA